CAAAACCCUACAAAUCUAAAUCAUGUUUGCAGCUUUGAGUAAGAGAUUCUGCUCGGCCACAAACUCUACUACUAAUCUGAACCCGGGAUCCAUUCCAGCAUCGGUCCCCGUAGUUCCGGCAUCAGCACAGGUUUCAAAGCUUGUUCCUCCGAUAAGAGGUUCGAUCCCAAAUGAAUACUUUGGGAAAAUCGAUUUGUAUCUCCACCGAACCCUAACCGGUUGCAAAAUUGUGUCGAUCUUUGGGGGAUUAGUCGGCGCCGGAAUAUUGGCUUACGUAGGGUAUCCUUUGUGGAAGGUGAAAGCUGCUGAGUUUCAGAAGAUGUCUGAUCUGCGAGUGUAUGAAAAGGAGAGGGAAUUGGAGGCCAUGGAAAUCAAUGUGGCAACCCAGGAAACAUAUUUGGAAUACAUAGCCAAGAAGCUCAAUAAACAAGAUAAGGUUGCCCCCGCCUCUCCGCCGCCAACCCCAGCCGCUUGAAUAGUUGAAUUUGUCUUUUAUAUAUUUUCACAUUGGAUUACUUAUUAUAUACUUCUUCCGUCCCAUAGUUAUUGUCCA